AUGACUGACGAGGGCGCUGUUGCUGUAGCAUAUUGCAGAUGCAAAUCCUUCGAUAAAUUACGGAUAAUUUACCGUUACGGACCACCUGGUCAUUCAAAACAUGAGUUUGGGCCAUCCAAAGCACACACAAAAGAUGAGAUUGCGCGCCUUCCACUGAUAUCUUCGAAACACAAAACGAUCUUCGACAUCCAAGAAGCUGGCCGAUGGCUAUAUGGCUUCCACAAUAUUAGAAAAGUGGUCAGUGUUGCGACUCUGACACCAAAUCCUCGCCGAAAAUGGAAGCCACGAAUGACCAAAAAGGGCAAAGCCAUUCAUGUAUUUCCUACGAUACUUGUGGGGAUUCUGUGGGAUCAAAUACAGCCAAGACACCAAGAAGAAUUGCUUAAAGAUGGAGAAAGCUUCAUUUUCAGGGGGAAACUGAUGGAAAGGCUCAACAAAAAAGACAAAUUGUCUUUAGAUGACUGGAUUCGAAAAGCCGCCAACCACCAGGACCUAUCUUACAAGAACUGGCUUAGGGAGAAGGGCGUUACCGAUCGAGAUAGGCCUCCCACAUUUUUCCCUGGUGCUGAUUGGGCCGAUGCUCUUGUGAAAACAAAGGCUAAAUCUCAAUCUGUGCGAACGAAGCCCAAUUCGAAGAACUCGGUUUUACGCAGCGAAGCAAAUGGAUCCCCAAGAGAGGAGAACCAUCAAUCUGGCAGAAAAAGACAAAGGUCAAAUUCUGGAGCAAAUUCGGAAAGCAUGAAAAAGCCUCGCCCUGUUUCAGCGUCAACCGAGGAGUCAACCAAGACCAUAGAUUACAGGUCGUAUCUCUCUUACAACAUGAACCAUUUCAAGCUCACCGACAAAAUGCGCGACGAAGAUCCCGAGGAAUAUCAGGAAAUUCUGGAUAAGAUUGAGAAAGACUGGGACAACUAUCGACGGAUUAUGAUAAAACAAGGUUACACGGUCGCCCCAGGCGGAGAGAAACCCGAAGCUUAG